AUGGUGCAAGGUGGAGGAGUUGUAGGUGUAUUUGGCCUUGAGGUUGAUGUAAAUAAUUUUUGUACAAAUGGGAAAAAGGCAAACUUGGAUUCUUCUUCAUUACCAGAUUCAGUUCCACUAGAUGGAGUUGGUGUGUCAAGUUGCAUCGAUAUAUUUGAAACUGAAAUAAAGCAGGAAUACAAGACUACUAAAGUACUCAAAAAUGAGCACGAUGUUUCUAUGGAUCAUGCAAAAUUACCCGAGGAAUUUUUAGUAAAUUGGAUUAAAUUCCGAGAUAUUCAACCUUCUCCACCACCUUAUGCAUCUUCUAAAUUGAAUCCUGAAAUUGAUAUAUUAUUUCGUCAGGAUACACCUUCUCCUACAUCCUUGGCUGGACCAUGGUCUGUAUCUGGCCGCUCUAAACGAAAAGCUUCAGAUGAUAGAUUUGAACCAUAUUUUAAUCCUAAAAGACGUGCAGUAUCACCAAGUUUAGUUGGGUUAACAGCAAAGGGAAAUCUAAGAGGGAAUAGUAAUUUAGUGAAUAUACAUGAUGCCAAUGGAAGUUUUAGUCGAUUAAAUUUAAAUAGUGAUCUGAUUACUUUUACCUUAAAUGAAUCACCAUUGGAUUCACUUGUAAUGGAAAUAACAGAUGAUAAUGAGUUCGUUGAAAAUGAAGAUUUGGGAGUUUGUGAAGAAAGAACUUCAGAUUUCAGUUUUUUGUGUUUUCUUUAUAAUAUGAAUGGAAAUCAAUAA